AUAAGCGAAAUAAAAAAAAAAUACAACAAAAACAUCAGGAAUUAAUGUAGUGCCUAAUGCAUUGUGUAAUAAAACCGAGUAGACCAGGAGGUGCAGCAGAUCAUUAAAUACCCGCAAACACAGCUACAAAGAAAAAUAUGAAAUACAAAUUUAUAUUUAUUAUUGAAUAAAUAAGCUGAGUAAAUAUCACAUAUGCUACCCGUAAAAGCAAAUUGAAUUAUACAGAAAAUUAAACAACAAAUACUUGUCGUCGUGUUAUGAAUGUUUGGCUUUUAAAGUGUAUACAACUUAACUGGGGGUUACAAAGUGGUCCUAGCAACGUCUAAAUUGAAACAAAUCCAGGUGUGAUAUUGCAGACGCGAGAAUUAUCAGGAACAAUAAAAUCUGUGCAAUAAGACUCUAAAAAAUAAUUUGGGAAACGGAAAUUCAAACAAAAGUACCAAAAAAAAUACCGAUCAUGUUGGCCUUUCAUAACGAACAUAUUGCCAGUUGCGCUUUUCUGACUUACUUCAGUCCGGAGACCUCGGCCACGCCUGCCACGUCGCCCACGUCGGGAGCUCAGGCCGCGCUGCACAAUGACAAGCAGUCCAUAGCAGGGGUUGCCUAUCCAUGUGGCGCCCUAAACGUGCGGCGCUUGCGCUGGCAGCAAAAUCCUCAAUCCUUUGGAUAUCCUUACCCUCGUCUACAGCUGCAACGCCACCAACAGCAACCACUACAAAAUCAGCCAUCAAGUUCCGGCCGCCUCAGUUUGAGCAGCCGCCACAAUUUGCGCGAUUUCUGCAAAACGCAGGCAAUUUGCUAACAGCAAUUGCAUUCCGCUGCCAGCGAUGCAAGUGCCACUUCAGCAACAACAUCAUCAACAACAUCAUUAAGAAACCCAACAUCAAGCAAUCCAGGAACAAUAUCAGGCCCAACAGGUCACCUGCAAUCGCACAAGCUGCAAAAGCAACUGCAGCAAUUGCCGAGCCAAAUUAGUCA